GAUGUGAAAUUAUCCCAGACGCCAGUGUCCAACUCGUUUCUAUCACAUUCCCAGGUGGGCUGAAGUACUGGCAGAUCAGCGACACGCCCCGCUGUCGAUACCGCUACUGUUAUAACCCGCCCACACAGGAGGUGGAGACGGCCGCUUAUGCCCUCAUGGUCCACAGCCUGAAGAACGAAUCCAAUGCAGGGAUCCCUAUCCUGAAAUGGCUGGUGACGGAGCAGAACUCUUACGGUGGUUUUGGUUCCACUCAGGACACAGUAACUGCGCUAGCCGCUCUGACUAAUUACGGGGCUCUGUACUCCAAAACCAGGGACCUGAACAUCGAGGUCAGCACCGGGGCGUUUUCAAGAAAUUUCUUGGUCAAUGACAAUAACGCCAUGGUUCUUCAAAUGGCCGAACUUCCAGAUGUUGCUAGUGAGGUACAGGUCUCUGCCAAUGGACAUGGCUCGGCCUUGCUUCAGGUGACUGCAAGAUACAACGUAAAGUCGGAAGCCAGAGAAAAAUCGUUUAUGCUCAAUGUGACGAUAGUAGAAGAAACUCAAAACUUCUUGAAACUCAGAAUUUACAUGAGGUAUUUAUGCUUCAGUGUUUGUAUUAUUUUACUUCAGAUAUAACUUUAAAACUACACC